AUGGCUAAAAGCCAGGCCCUGCACACCAACAUGGGCGUCGACUAUGUCGUCGUCUUCAAAUUCCCACCCGAAGAAAAGGUCAAGGCUGCUGCCAACUUUGAGCAACUGGUCAAAAAGCUAGCAUCCGUGGGCCUGGCGUCAGAAGCUCGCAAUGGCGAAGACAAUUCAGUUCUGUUAUUUGUCAAGGUCGCCAAUGAGGAGCACAUGUUCGCCGAAAUCUAUCGCAGCCGCGUCAAGGACUGGAUUCACGGCGUGCGAUCGGGAGAACCCGCUCAAGACACACAAGCAUCUCUGGAGAACGAUCCAUUAACCGAUGCUGAAAGACUCCGCAUCAUCUAUCAACUCAUCACAAACUACGAAAGCGAUGGUGGUGCUGGGAUCCGGCCAAAGUCCAAAGAAUGGGAGUACGUGGACAAUAUCUUUGCUCUACACGACCACACGUUCAACAAAUACUGGAUUCAGAAGUGGGCCACAAGUUAUAGUGUCAAGCUAGAGGACUUGGAUGAGAUCCGCAACAAGUUUGGAGAAAAGGUCGCGUUCUACUUUGCGUUCGAGCAGACCUACUUCAACUUUUUGCUGUUUCCGGCUGGAUUCGGUCUGAUUUCCUGGCUCUUCCUCGGUGGCUUCAGCCCGAUCUAUGCUGUUGGCAUUUCACUCUGGUCGGUCAUCUUCGUCGAAUGGUGGAAGCAUCAGGAGCGGGACCUCGCCAUUCGAUGGGGUGUUCGUGGUGUGAGCAAUAUCGAAAGCAAACGACACGACUUCCAAGCCACGCAAGAAGUCGAAGAUCCGGCCACAGGCGAGACACAAAGAAUCUUCCCUGCCACAGAGCGACUCAAGCGACAGGCGCUGCAGCUUCCAUUCGCAAUGGUUGCGAUCCUGGUUCUUGGUAGUCUCAUCUUCACCUGCUUCGCCAUUGAGAUCUUUAUUGGAGAAAUCUACAACGGACCGGGACAGUCCAUCCUCGCAUUCACCCCUACCGUCAUCUUGACCACCUGUCUGCCAUUACUUACCGGUGCGCUCUCCUCAAUGGCCAAGCGUCUCAACGAUUAUGAGAACUACGAAACGGACUCCCACUAUGACCGUUCCUACACGGGCAAGCUCUUCGUUUUGGACUUUAUCACCUCCUACAUGGGUAUUAUCCUGACAGCUUUCGUCUACGUUCCUUUCGGAAGCGUACUAAUUCCCCACCUCAACGUUUUCGCUCGCAUCUUUUCAUCGCAUAAGAGCGAGCUGAGCACAACUUCAUACUCCAUCAAUCCCGAUCGUCUUCGCAAACAAGUCAUCUACUUUGCUGUGACAGCUCAGAUCGUCAACUUCGCCAUGGAAGUCGUGGUUCCAUACCUCAAACGCCAGGGGUUCCUCAAGUUCAAGGAAAUGCGUGCCAAGCGCACCAACUCUGGACUUACGCCUUCCGCUGCUGCGGACGAUGCCCCAGAAGAGAAGGAGUUCCUUGACCGUGUUCGAAGCGAGGCUGAGCUCCCAAGUUACGACGUCUAUACCGACCUCCGCGAGAUGAUUAUCCAGUUUGGCUAUCUUUCACUCUUCUCCGUCGUCUGGCCUUUGGUACCGGCAAGUUACCUCGUGAACAACUGGUUCGAACUUCGCGCCGAUGCUGUCAAGAUUUGUGUUGAAAUGCAGCGUCCCACACCAUGGCGUGCAGACACUAUUGGACCAUGGUUGGAUGCUCUCAGCUUCUUGACUUGGUUGGGAAGUUUGAGCAUCGCGGCUCUGUGCUAUAUGUUCUCGAAUGAUGGUGUCGGUCCUGAUGGCAGUCCAUCAGAGAUCAAGUUCUGGGGUUUGUUGUUGAGCAUCUUCCUGAGCGAGCAUCUGUAUUUGUUUGUCCAUGGCCUGGUUGCGGCCGCUAUUGCGAAGUUUGACUCUCCUGGWCGGCAAAAGGAGAGACGAGACCGCUACCUGACGAGGCAGAAACUCGUGGGAGACUCAUUGGAGAGAGUCAAGGGGAUGCAGAAUGCUGCGGCGCAGCAUGAUGAGAUGGACGAGAAGCCGAUCACUAGGGAAAGUCUGGAAGAGGAGGCGAGACAGGGCAGUUUGCACAGCGCUACGCCUACUGAGAAGUUCUGGAAUAGGCAGAGAGGUUGGAGGGAUAGCGUAAAAGUUGGUCAGGGGUUCAUUGAGAGGGCUGUCAGCGAGAAGGUGGAGGGUAAGAAGGAGCUGUAA